UUAAAUGCAUUGCUCUCUCACGUCACACCCAUUCAUCGGAAACGUCGUCGUCUUUCGUUUUCCCUCUCUCUCUCUCUCUCUCUCUCUCUUUCUCUCCUCUGAACUUGUGCUAACGCUCCACACAGUCAAACGAAACACGCUCUCUCUAUCUCUUCCCCCUCGCCGGAGCUUAAUGAUGUGGAACACCGCCGGAGAUGACGACGACGACUUCCAGAUCCCUCCUUCCUCCUCUCAGCUCUCAAUUCGAAAACCCCUCCACCCAACCAUCUCCCACCGUCCUCCGAGGAAGAAGCCCAGACUCAGCCCUAAUCCGGGGAAGGAGAAUAUUCCUCCGGCUCCUGAAUUCACCUCCGACACUUGCUUCUCAUCUGGGUCUCAUGCGCUGGGUUCGAUUCUUCCUAGCUCGUCUUCUACUCCUGAUUGCAUCCCCUCGAGCGUUGAUUGCUCCUCCGCGGGAGAUUCUUGCUCUCUCGCGGCGGAAGUAGGAAACGACGGCGUUUUGGUCGGUGGGGAGGAGAAAAAAGGUGAGUGCUUUAAGGCGAAUCGCGAGGGGUAUUCGCGUAAUUCGAUGGAGGCUAGGUUGUUGUCGAAGUCGAGAGUUAGUCUUAGGUUAGAGGACGAGGAGGAGGAUGAAUGUUGUUUUGUAGAGUCAGACUCUGAGCUUGACGUGUUGAUAAAGCUUUGCUCUGAGCCUGAGGGUAGUAACAGUGGAGGAGGCAAAGAUGAUUCGAUUCAGUGUCCACUGUGUGAAACUGAUAUCUCAGGUUUGAGUGAGGAGGAGAGGCACGUUCACACCAAUAACUGUCUUGAUACUCAAGCUCCUGAGCAAGGCUCAUUGAAGUCUUCUUGUUUCAUUGAAGAAUCUGUUGAUGAUCCUGUUCAGCAUCCAGAGCUAGUUAGUGAUCUCUCUCCCGUGCUUAAGUGGGUUAGGAGUCUAGGUUUAGCUAAAUAUGAAGAUGUGUUUCUUCGCGAAGAGAUUGACUGGGAUACUCUUCAGUCACUCACUGAGGAGGAUCUCCUGAGCAUAGGUAUUACGUCACUUGGCCCUAGAAAGAAGAUUGCGAAUGCACUUAGCGCACUUAGAGAAGAAGCAUGUGCAUCUUCUGCUGAACCGCAGGCACAGUCUCUUAGCAAUGUUACAGAGAGACAGAGGGAGAGGUCAACCACUCGUAAGGCAAGUGAGCCUAGAAAACCAACCGCCAACAAGUUGAUUACAGAGUUUUUCCCUGGUCAGGCUACUGAUGGCAUUAGGAAGCUCCCUAAAGAACCUGUCGCAGAAAAGAGUGCAGCAGAUUCGGGAUGUAGACGUGCUGCUGUGAGAAGAAACGGCAACAACGGAAAAUCUAAAGUCGUUCCUCAGUGGAAUUGCGUUCCAGGGACACCUUUUCGAGUGGACGCAUUCAAGUACCUCACACGCGACUGUUGCCAUUGGUUUCUUACACACUUUCAUCUUGAUCAUUAUCAAGGUCUGACCAAGUCCUUUAGCCACGGGAAGAUAUACUGUUCUUUAAUCACCGCGAAGCUGGUAAAUAUGAAGAUUGGGAUCCCUUGGGAGAGACUGCAAGUCCUGCAUCUUAACCAGAAGGUUAAUAUUGCAGGCGUUGAUGUGACAUGCUUUGAUGCAAACCACUGCCCUGGAUCCAUUAUGAUACGCUUUGAACCAGCCAACGGUAAGGCUGUUCUACAUACCGGUGAUUUCCGCUAUAGUGAAGAGAUGUUGAACUUGCUGACUGGUUCGCCUAUCAGCUCUCUUGUCCUUGAUACUACAUACUGUAACCCUCAGUAUGACUUUCCGAAGCAAGAGGCGGUGAUACAGUUUGUUGUUGAGGCUAUUCAAGCAGAAGCUUUUAAUCCAAAGACACUCUUCUUAAUAGGAAGCUACACCAUCGGAAAGGAGAGACUGUUCUUGGAGGUUGCACGUGUGCUACGUGAGAAGAUCUACAUCAAUCCUGCGAAGUUAAAACUCCUAGAGUGUUUGGGAUUCUCUAAGGAGGAUAUGCGGUGGUUUACAGUGAAGGAAGAGGAGAGCCACAUUCACGUUGUGCCCUUGUGGACGCUUGCUAGUUUCAAACGGCUUAAACAUAUAGCUAACCGAUACACAAACCGAUACAGCCUUAUAGUUGCAUUCUCUCCAACUGGCUGGACAUCUGGAAAGUCCAAGAAGAAGUCUCCAGGAAGAAGGUUACAACAGGGUACAAUAAUAAGGUAUGAGGUUCCUUACAGUGAGCAUAGCAGCUUCACGGAGCUGAAGGAGUUUGUGCAACAAGUAUCGCCUGAAGUGAUCAUACCGAGUGUUAACAACGAUGGACCUGACUCUGCUGCUGCAAUGGUGUCUAUGCUGCUUACGUAAGCGAUUAUUGGCUACUCUUAAGUGUGGCUACCGAUUGAGCAGAAUGUAUCAAAGAUUGGACGAAGGGAAGUUAGAUAUUAUCAUCAUGUUCUAAUAUAAUGUAGCAAUAUGUAAAAACACGUGACUAUGUAUUGUGUUUCUCACAAGAAAACUCCAACGAAUUGUUGUCGUGAAAUGUUUUUUUUCAGAUCAAAUUUAUUUGGUCGGUAAAAUUACAGAUA